CGACGUCGUAGAUAUACGCGUACUUGGCUCGCCUAUAUGUCGAGGGCGCUUGGACGAGGCAUCAAGUAUGUUCAUUCCUUCCGGUCAGACAGACAGAAAGAGCGAGUAUCUCGGUGCUAGUGCGCAGUGAAAGUCCGGGUGUCAUGGACGGUCGUAACCUGGAGCCAAUCAACACCCGCGAUGGACGGCAGCUCUGGCAACCGCAGCUUGUCCGGAGCCGUCGCCGCCCCCGCAAGUCCUCCCCUCCGCCCUUUCCCCUCCACCAGCUGGUCUGGACCCCACACGACGUCGCAGGCGGACUAGUCUCACUAUCUCUUCGAGCUUCUGAGUAUACAUCCUACCUUCUUAACGACAUCUGAAACGACGACGACAAGAACAUGCUACCCAGUGGACCACGCAGCGGAGCCGGCUUGCCUCGGUCUGUACGCGCUCGCUCCUCAGAGCGAUCUCAGGCGCGAAGCGAACGGGGAGGAUAUGAGAGGGAUCGUUAUGCGAACGCCCCGCCCCCACCGCCGCCCUCGUCGAUGCGCUCCGUUCGGCCGCAGCGUUCGCUCGCGAGCCUUCCAUCUUCGUCCUCUGCAACACGCGAGCGGAGCCGACCUCCACCCCUCCCCACUUCUCCUCGCCUGGGCCGAUCCUCCGACUAUGACGGCCGACCGAGGAGCGGAGACAGGUCCUACCGACCGAGCCUUGACUCCAGCUCCUCCGCGGGCUCUGGGUCGUCGGCCGGCUCUUCGUUCCUGGAUCGUAUGCGGUCGAGCAACUCGACCCCGCGGACGAGCAUGGACGAGGAAGACUAUGCGCCGAAAGCGAGCUCUGCUAGGCGGCGCCAGCCACUCGCGGAACGCCGGCAGAACCGGUCGCGGCGACAAUACGAGGAUGACGAUCCAGAUUCGCGCGUGCAGGAUGAUGACGCAGAGCACACCGAAACGGGCGCGACGUCCUCGUUCUGGAGUUACUUCUCUUCCGCCGCCGGGUCUCUGACCGUGAACGUCAGUAAAGCAUGGGCGGCCAACAUUGCUUACGCAGCCGGAGAAGAAACGCCUCCCGGGCAAGAGAGCCGCCUCACUAAAGCUAUGAAGGCCUAUCACCUCGAGAAAGCCCGCGAUCCGUCAGAUCUGCCUGAGUGGCUAUUUGACGAGAGCGAACGCUUCCCCGGCCGACGGUCACGGCGCGAGCCGGUCGAGCGGGAGCGGCGGUACGCAGCAGCAGCGGAAGAGACCCCCGAACCGCCUCGCGGGCGGGGGUUCCGAGAUAUUUACGACGCAGCGGCUGGGAGCUCGAGCAGGCCGGCGCCGCGUGCUCGCAGCACCGCGCGAGGGUACGACGCCGCGCCCUCACGCCCGCGGGAGUACUCUCCGGCACCCUCUCGAUCCAGCGACGCGUACGCCGAGGAGACGGGCGGAGCGGGGUCGAAGGCCUCGAAUCGUCUGAAGGCUAUGAGGGACGCGAAACGGCAGGCGGCUGCGCGCAAUGCUGGGUCGCCUCUGGCUACCCGCGAUGACGAUGAUAUGGUCUCCGUGCGCUCAGGACGAAGCGGAAUGGACGACGUCGGGGGUGCGAGUGCAGCCUCGGGGCGGUCGGUGCCUGCAGCGAGGCCGAGGGUUGGCUUGCCAUCUGGUCCGGGUAUGAGGCCCAGAAGGGUGUAAUUUAUGUCCGGUUAUCUGACACAGCACAAUACAACACACGUCUGCACGGGUUUUUUUUUACGACGGAAGCAUUGGUCGUCCAGCAUAUGAAGCUGGUUGUCCGCAAC